AUGGCCACUGGGAAUCCCAAUGCCUCCCCCACAGUAAGUGAGACUGAAGACAACGAGAUGGAGUUGUUGACUGAAGAGCCCAGAGGCAGGCAGCUGACCUAUAUCCUGGCCCUGGGAGCCACCCACUCACAGAGCCUCCAUCUUGCCAGGAGUCAGACUCAGCUUAUUGGCCCUCAUCCAGCCGAGCACUGCGUCCAGGUAGUGGUCCAGAGCCUGCACAGCCACACCGGAUUCGAUGUUACGGAGGAAGAGAGCUGGGUACCCUCAGGGAGGAGAGAAGACAAGUACCAAGUCUUUGAAUCAAGGGAGAAAGAGAUCCUGAAGAAGUAUGAAAAGCUGGAAUCCAAGACAAGGAAGGUUCUCAGCACAACAUACGAUAAAUUGUUUGCUGUUUUGUCCCAGGACACGAUGCUAGAUGGAGUGAACUAUCUCAAGGAGCGACUGAUCACCUUGAAAAAAGAGUGUUCCUUGGACCCCAUUUUCAUUGGUUUUCUGGGCCGUACAGGAGCUGGGAAGACCUCCCUGCUCAAUGCCAUUAUAGGGAAGAAGCUGUUCAUGCCAGUAUCCAGGGAAAAAGCUUGUACUUCAUGCAUCGUGCAGGUGAAGAAAAGUAAGAGUGAGUUCUACGAGGCUGUAAUUCACCUUCUCACAAAAGAGGAAUGGAGUAGUGAGUUGAAGGACCUUGUGGAGGUUUUGAGCAAGAAUGGGGGUGACGAUGAAGGUUCCUCUCACGAGAGUGUAAGCGAUGCCAAGGAUAAGCUCUGUGCGCUUUAUGGGGCUGGAGCUGACCAGAAAAGUUAUGAAGAAUUGUUGAAGGCAAAACUUGUGACGACUAUUCCUGCCAAAAGAACCAUCUCAAUUAAGGAGAAGGAGGUGACUACAUUCUCCGAAAAACUGGGACCUUACAUUUGUGUGAAGGAAAACCAUUCUUUUGAAGCCUGGCCACUAAUCAAGUACGUGGAAUUGGACAUUCCAGCAUCGGACUUGGUUCCUGAAGGCAUCACGUUUGUGGACAUUCCUGGGACAGGAGACUUUAACAAGAAAAGAGAUGAAAUGCGGAAAGAGAAUAUUGAUAAAUGUUCAGUCAUCUGGGUUAUCGCUGACGUUGUGCGCAUUGAAGGAGAGAAAGUCCAAGAAGCAUUGCUGGAGGAAAGCAUCAAGGCAUAUAUAGGAGGAAUCUGCACUGACAUUGCCAUGGUGGUCACCAAAAUGGAUAAUCUGGAAGUUGAUGAAUAUAAGAAGAAUAGAACAAAUAAUAAUACUCCCAUCGAGAAUAAACACGAUGCCAUUUUAGAGAGGAACCAAGAUGUGAAGAAGAAGAAGGAGAGAAGUAUUAGGGAGAAGCUGCAGAGAAAGCUUCUACCUGACGCAGAUGUCUUGAAUAAGGAUGAUCUGGUUUAUACUGUCAGUGCCAAGCAAUUUUGGAAAAGAAAACAUCUCAGCGAAGAAGAAACAGAAAUACCAAAGCUGCGGGAAUACAUCAGGAGGAUCUAUCUGAAGGAGAAGGAGAGGCUGGUGACAGAUUAUGUGACGGAAACUUUGGGAAUUCACCUGCUUACUGAGAACAUUGGUUCCGAACAACAAUUUGUGGAGCGGCAUUUUCAGGAGAGUGGAGUCGAACAGUUUGUGAAUGAGAAGAUCGACGCUUUGGGGGAGAAACUUGAAAGUCUUUUCACUAAGAUGAAACAGCCCCUCUGUGAUGGAGUGACCAGGGCCAGAAGAUCCUAUGAGAAAAUUCUUGACGAGAAGCUCACAAGAAAUGGAGGGAACCAAGGUUUCCACAAGGUCCUAAAGGCGGUGUGCUUGAAGAAUGGUGUGUACGCUUCAAGGACGUUUGCCCGCAUAGAUUUCAAUGAAGACCUUGCCAGGCCCAUCUAUGAUAAUGUUGAGAACAUAUUUGGAAACAUAUUCAGGAUCCAAAAAGGAACAAGAGGCAAUCUGUGGCCUCAUUUGGAAGGGUUUAAAAAUGAGGUGCAGGAGAAGAUCAGUCAGAUUGCAAGAAACAACAAAAUACCUGAAGACAAUGGAAAAAUUAAAGCUUUCAUUCAUGAAACAAAUGUCAUCAUGACGAAACUAAGAGCAGAGAUUCUUCAGCAGAAGAUAGUUAUCUACCAGAGCCUUCGAAAAUCCAUCCAAUUUGAUCUGAUGCCCUAUUAUGAAGAGGCCUCAACCAUAAGGGGCCCGGGAGCCUGUGAUCAGAUGAAGACCAUCCUCAGGGACAACAUUGACAGAGAGGUCAAGAAGGAGAUAGAGAGCUGUUUCCUCGAACUGAAGGAGAAGAUCAUGACGACGCUGAAAAAGGAAACUUCCAUUGUGCUCAAACUGCUCUUGCUGCACCAGGACCAGCUGGCUGUGAAGUUACCAGGAUCCCUUAAAUCUCCCCGUCUGUGGCUGCUCUUUCCUCCUCCCUCCCGCCCUGCCUUCCUCGCCUGCCCACCCCUCAUCCCCGCUUACUUGGCGGAAAGGGUGUUGAUGGAGCCGGUGACUAGCAUGAGCGCGGCCAGGCCCAGCUGGUACUUGGUCCAGGCCAUGCUCGCUCCUUCGCUCGCCCGACGCGCACAGCACCAGCACCAGCACCAGCACCCCCGGCACUUCCUUCUCGGCAGCUGCACGACGAGGAGGAGCGGGUCACAUGACCGCAGCCAUCAGCUGACAGCGACUCCCAAAUCUUUGAACCCUCCCCCGCGGCGGCAGUGA